GGCUUCAGCACUUUGGUUUGAGCAUCACUUAACAAGGACCUGCCGUGUAUCAUCAUGUUUCGAUUUUUGAUCUUGUCUGCGCUAUUUGCAUUUUCCACGGCCGCCUACAAUAAGUUGGAGCUAACGAACUGUGGAGGGGACGGUAUCAGGAUAAAUGAAAUCGACAUCCAGCCCAUGCCAAUCAAAUUCCCUGGAUCACUGAAGGUGUUGAUCGAUGCUGACCUAACCAAGGCCGUCAAAGGGCCUAUCAAGGUUGAUGUGGACAUGCGCCAGGGCUGGUGGUUCGGGUGGGUGCCCGCCCCCUGCAUGACUAUCUCUGGCGUCAAGGUGGGCUCCUGUACUUAUGAUGACAUCUGUGUGCUCAUGGAGCCAUUGAGAGAAAAGGGAUGCCCCGCGGAGAUGCAGCAACUGGACAUUGGUUGCACCUGCCCCUUCAAGCCCAGCCACGUCAGAUUCGAAAUGGCGGACAUCGUCCUACCUAAAAUCCCAACAGGCCUUGGAUACUUCGCAAGUGGUGACUACAAAGUGACAGCUAAGAUGUAUGAAGGAGGUGCACUUGUCUCAUGCUUUGAAGCCAAAGUCUCUCUGGGUGCUUAGUCAUUGCAUUACUGCCAUCUGCUUUACAUGAAUCGUCCAAUUGUGAAUGAUGUCAUUCGUCGAAAAAAACAAGUGUUUUUUU